AUGGCUCUCUGGCCCGUGGACCGUUUCGAGCGCAUGGUGGAAGAGCCGUUCAGGCGUCUGGAUCGUUUCUGUCCAAUGCGUGAUAUGGAUUGGAUGAGCCGUCAGAUCAUGCCAUACUGGAGAGAUGCCGAUCACUCCAUGCUUCAUGUGGGAAAUCAAACCAAAGAGCUCAUCAAUGAUGACAAGAAAUUCGCUGUCGCAUUGGAUGUGUCACACUUUAGACCAGAGGAGCUGAAGGUGCAAUUGGAAGGACGUGAUCUCACCAUCGAAGGCCACCAAGAAGUGAAGACCGAACAUGGCUACAUCAAGAAGAACUUCGUCCACAGAUGGGCUCUUCCUGAAGAUUGCGACCUGGAUGCCGUACACACACAGAUCGACAACAACGGACAACUCUCCGUGGAAGCUCCGAAGACUGGCCAACACACCAACAAGAGGGUCAUCCCAAUCAUGCCAGCUCCUAAGAAGAAAUAA